UCUGGGCUGGGAGGUGCCUGUCCUGUUCUCAGGGAUUUGGCCCCUAACAGUGCAGGACUACAAGCCCCAGGGUCCCUUGCGACCUCCGUAGUCAAGUUGCCGGUGGAAUUGGCCCAGGAUGACAGCUGGAGAAUGGAGUCAGUUUUAUCCAAGUAUGAAAACCAGAUUACUAUUUUUGCUGACUACCUAGAAGAAUUUCCAGAUACAGACGAGCUUGUAUGGAUCCUGGGGAAGCAGCAUCUCCUUAAAACAGAAAAAUCUAAGCUGUUGUCUGAUAUAAGUGCUCGUCUCUGGUUUACAUACAGAAGGAAAUUUUCACCAAUUGGAGGAACCGGCCCUUCAUCAGACGCUGGCUGGGGAUGUAUGCUGCGCUGUGGACAGAUGAUGCUGGCUCAAGCCCUUAUCUGUAGACACUUGGGAAGGGACUGGAACUGGGAGAAACAAAAAGAACAACCCAAAGAGUACCAACGGAUUCUACAGUGCUUCUUAGAUAGAAAAGACUGUUGCUAUUCUAUCCAUCAAAUGGCACAAAUGGGUGUAGGAGAGGGGAAAUCAGUUGGCGAAUGGUUUGGACCAAAUACAGUUGCACAAGUAUUAAAAAAACUUGCUUUAUUUGAUGAAUGGAAUUCCUUGGCUGUUUAUGUUUCAAUGGAUAACACAGUGGUCAUUGAAGAUAUCAAAAAAAUGUGCCGAAUCCUUCCCUUUAGUGCUGACACGGCUGACGAAAGCCCCCCUGAUUCUUUUAUCACUUCGAACCAGAGUAAAGGCACCUCUGCCUUCUGCCCAGCCUGGAAACCCCUGCUCCUCAUUGUGCCCCUUCGCUUGGGCAUAAACCAAAUCAAUCCUGUGUAUGUUGAUGCAUUCAAAGAGUGUUUUAAGAUGCCACAAUCUUUAGGGGCAUUAGGAGGAAAACCAAAUAACGCCUAUUAUUUCAUAGGAUUCUUAGGUGAUGAGCUCAUCUUCUUGGACCCUCACACAACCCAGACCUUUGUUGACACUGAAGAGAAUGGAACUGUUGAUGACCAGACUUUCCAUUGCCUGCAGUCCCCACAGCAGAUGAACAUCCUGAACUUAGAUCCUUCUGUAGCAUUGGGAUUUUUCUGCAAAGAAGAAAAAGACUUUGAUAACUGGUGUUGCCUUGUUCAGAAGGAAAUUCUGAAGGAGAAUUUAAGAAUGUUUGAAUUAGUUCAGAAACAUCCACCACACUGGCCUCCUUUUGUACCUCCAACCAAGCCAGAGGUGACAACCACUGGGGCAGAAUUCAUUGACUCUACUGAACAACUGGAGGACUUGGACCUGGAAGAAGAUUUUGAGAUUCUGAGUUUGUAGUAUAGUGGGAACUCAAUUUGGACCUCUGUCUUCCAUAUGGCACCGCAGAAACAUGAACUUGUUACAUAAAACUUUUCUAGUCAGCAAGUGCCUGAUAUGCCAACAGCAUACAAACUCGAUAACGAUCAUGAUGGAGUCAAUCACAUGUCUUAAACAAAAAGCAAAAAACAGAAAUGACAACAACCCUUCCCAAGGAAGACAUAGAACAAUCACAAACUCUUAAGAGCAGAAAGAUUAGGAGGAACCCAUUGCUCCCUGACUUGUCUUACAUAGCUACAGUAAAUCUUCAGGAGCUGAAAUGAGGACAUUUGGAAGAUAGACGGCAACUCCCAUUUGUUUCACGCACUGGCAGAUGAGAGAUGGUUACGCUGUUCUUCACCUUUUCAGGUGUGACUUCUUUGGGGAUAAAUACUAAGAAGCAAUUUGUUCUCUUGCCCAAAUAAUAAAGUAAAUCAGGGAGAAAAAUUUCUUGUUAAAUUAUUUGAAUAUGUAUUUUAAAUAAUAAUUUAUAUCAAAACAUUUGCCAAAGAAAUGAUGUCAAAUGUAUACUUCUCAGUUGUCUUCCUAUUUGGAGGAACUUUAGUAUUUGAUGGGUCACAGUCUUCAUCCUUACUGAUACUUUUGUCAGUAAAUCAAAUCACGCUCCUUAAAUCAGGAGUCAGCAAACUUUUUCUGUAAAGGGCCAGAUAGUAAAUAUUUUAGGCUUUGCAGGCCAUGUGGCCUCUGUCACAACCACUGAACUCUGCUGUGGAAGUGCAAAGGCAGUAAUAGACAACAUGCAUGUAACUUAGUGGGGCUUUAAUCCAAAAAAAUUUUAGUCACAAAAGCAAGUGGAAGGCUGGACUUGGCCUGCAAUCACUUGGCAAUCACUUAAAUUGUUAAUUUAUGUUUGAAGAAUUGAAAAUAAAUUUUGUUUGAAUUGUA